AUGACUUUCCAGCAUGACGCAUCUUCAGUAUACUGGCAGUUUAUCUCAUAAUCGGUGCAAUUCUGUGAAAUACAGGCGAUAAGACUUGUGCGUGGAAAAAUACAAAAACAUUUGUAGGUUCCCAAGAUAGAGUGGUAUAAAAGCGGUAUCAUCAGGACAUCUCUUCCACAGUUUGUUGUCAUCUCCUUACUGAAGGUUUCUUACUGUAUUUGAUAUCGUGAACAUGAAGGCUGUCGCGCUGCUCCUCGUGCUGGCCCUGUGCGUCGCUCUCGGGACGUGCGCUGAGCGGGAGUUCUAUCCGUGCCCCGAUGAAGUGUCGACCAAGUGCCCUGCCGUCGAUGGGGACUUCCCGACCUUCUUCGCGCAUCCCAACGACUGCUCCAAAGGCUGCGAGUGUUCCAGGGGACAAGCAUGGGAGAUCCAGUGCCAGGAAGGCCUCCUGUGGGACGAUACAGUCAGCGUCUGCAACUGGGCGUCACAGGUCGACUGUGGAACCCGCCCUCUGCCACCUUAAGGAGAUCAAAAGCCUUUAAUUCUGUUCCUCUUCCUCCGCGUGUCUUUCAAUGAAAUACAUUUUUAUAUAUAUU